UGCCAGUGGGCUGUCUGCCGUCUGCUAGCUAUUUGUGGCUAUUAUGGCUCUAUAAAAGGAAACGUGCAUGACGAUACACACAGGCACACACUCUCAUUGAAGUUCAGAUGUGAGAGACCCCUUUUUCAGCUUCAAUCAAUGUUUACAGACUUUGGCAACAUUUUGGUGAACUACUGACAUGCGCCACUCAAGCACCAGCAGAAUGGACAACUCUGUGGACAAGAGAUCGGGGGAGGUAACGGUGCCCUGCGUCUUUACUUUUGUGCCAGUUGUGCAGAAACUACCAAUUAAAAGCUGUCUGGAAGUGACAUCUGCAGCUUCAGAGGCAAAACAAAAUGAGAACGUGGCAGAGGAGACCACCAGGGAGGCCGUGCCGGGAGAACAGCCUUUCAGAGCUGUGUAUAUCCCAAACUCAGAGCUUCAAGAAGAAAGGGACAGAACGCAAUCACCCAGAAAAACUGAACUUGCGUGCGCACCUUCACAGGAUCUCGUGUCUGGCUCAGCUCCCUCCUUCAGCGAUCAGUCUCAAAAUACCUCCAGCAGGGGACAAACCACUAUGGAGGCAGUCGCUAAUAGACACACAGACAUUUCCCAGCAGAGCUAUCAAUGUAUCCCCGGGCGAGCGUCUGAGGUUAGCUCGAGCAGCUAUUUCAAAACACAACAGGACAGAGCUAGCCCCACCAGUUCUGCAGACUUGUUUCCUACACCAGCUUCUUCAAGGGAGUCCAUCUUAUCUGCAUGCUCGGAAAAAGAUGCUUCUUCUAUCUCGGGCAGCCGCACUAUCUCCCCCUGCUCUUCAGUCUAUUCUGGAAUCUUCACUCCUUCUAUUCUCCCAGUUAAAAAGCACUUCCUGGCGCCUGGUUCUAGCCUGAUUAGCUUACCCCAAAGUUUGCGUUCUUCAUGUGAAAGUUUAACGUGUCCAAUGUCCCCGACCCCUACGCGUCACCGCCCUCCGUUGACCCGCCUGUCUCUCCUCACCGCCAUUUUGAGGAAAGGGCGCCUCCCUGUUUUGUCCUCCACCGUCCAGCGGCCCUACACCCCCUGCUGGCCAGUAAACAACAUCACAGUAUCCCAUUGCAAUGCUUGCUCAGCUGCCUCCAGUGUUGCGUCCAUUCCCUUGGAGCUCUCCACUGAAUACUCCUCCACAACUUCCAUAGACAGCCAAAGUGAUGCGUACAGGGACCUGACCCGCUGCGCCACUGCUCCCCCGCUCUUGUGCAAAACGUCAUGCCCCAAGAAUCAAAUCAAGACCAGUAUAUCAAACACAGUCCCAAGAUGGCAGCAAGUCAUUUCACCUCCGCCCCUGAGCACUUUGAAAUCACAGAAGAAGAGCAGCUCGCUCAAGCCGGUUGCAGUUGGUUCCUCCAUAGUCAAAUCCGUUUCCCCAGUAAAUCGGUCUUACGUCUCUAUUUCUAAACCACAGUCUCCCAUUUUGAUGCCUUCAAUGUGCGUCAAUGUGGAUAAUACCCCCAACAAAUUCACAUGUUUGUCUCCUGAACCUGCUUUGGAAUUAAAUACAGGUGUGCCACAGAAAUGGACCCGCCUCCCUAAUUCCUCAUUCUCAAAGCUUCAGUCUCUGUCACAACAGCUCAAAUCUCCUCCUUCCUGCUCUUCUCAAAAUGUUACUUCUGCCUAUUCACCAUCGCCGCCACCUACUGGGUUCACCGUGGGGAAGCCACGGGUCCCAACCCAAUUCGAGCCGAAAAAGUCACCUCUUCCAUCUCACUGUCUGUCUCCCUCUCGCUACACGCCCAUGGCUUUUUCAGGGUGGCCUUCUCCGGGUGCUUCUGCCUCCCCCACGCCCACCCACACUCCCACCCCUUCGCCCGCUCCACCAAUCAGAGAGCUCACCCCGUCGCCCUGCCUGUCACUGCGGUCCACGCCUUCUCCGCGACCGGGGAGUGGAAUAUCAGACAGCUCUGACAGGGAGGGUAAAAAAAGAAAGCCACACAAGAUCAAGUCCAGCUAUAAAUCUUUGGCAGCGAUUCCCACUAACACCCUGCUGCUGGAUCAACAGGUGAUAGACGAGCAGGUGGAGAAAGGAGAGGGCGGCGCUGGGGACAGAGGUGUGCCAUUAGACGCACAGGAGACUGACACCCACAAAGAAAUGUGUUCCCCGGCCUGGCUCAGGAAGGAGUCUGAAGAGCUGUACGCAGUUAUUGAUGAGAUUUUAAGGAGCUCCCCCAUUCCACCUAAAUCAAAAUCACCAGCUGUCAAUGAGGCACAGAAAAACAACGCAACUUUUCCAAGAACUUAUGGCCGUGAAACUAAAUACGCAUCUGUUGGCAAUUUAAAGUCACCUGGAAAUGAGUGGAGGAGUGCAGAUCUUCAUAAGACAAGGCCGGGGGGGAUCCGCAACACGGCGACCAUUCCUAGACUGACACCAGAAGAUCCUCAUAGACAGUCUGACUGCAGUCCCUCCAGGCGCUUUGUCUCUCAACAACACUUCAGCGCCAAGGGCAGAAACACCAGCGGAGUAGACAGCGGUUCAAAAGGCCAGAGGCUGGGAGGAGGAGAGCACCCCCUAGCUCCCUCAGCGUGUGACCUGCACAUAACGGAGCCAGAAGAGCCCGUCAGACACGCCCCUAAACAUGGACCCUCCACAUCUUUCUGUCCCGCUGAGAGAAAACCAGGGGCAUUUCAGACUCAAAUUUAAUCUAGAGUCUGGACAAGUUCUUGGUGGGCUCAAAUACUGGGCAUAAAGACAAUUUUACCCAGCACAGCCCCUGCAAAACGAAUGGAAGCAGAGCACUUGAAACUGCCCCACAGAGCUAUAAUGUACACUAAAGACUGCAAAAUUACUUCUUUGGCUUGUUUUAAUUACAACGAUUUAUGGAGCUUUAAAUAUUCAAAGCAAGUAUAGGCUUUUUACUCCAAAAACAGGAUUCUAUAGACCUUGGGGAAUGUAAUAAAAAUAUCCCUACAAA